ACUGAACGAUUUGUACAAAAUAGCAAUAUCAAUUGUGAUAAUAGAGUUUCCAAAAUUUACAGUUUUGGCAAACAGAAUAAUUUGCGGCAUUCCCCGAUAUUUACAUCUUACAGUAAUGAAAGACGCAAGGCAAACUAAAUUGUAAAAUCUAUUAAACUUAAACACUUCUCGUUUAUUUAAGAAAAUAUUUAGCUUUAUUGGAUUAUUAAAUGGGAUUUUUAUUAAAUUAAGUUUUCGUGAAACUUGUUGUUAACAUUUUUUUACUUCUGACGAUCUGAUUGAUGCCAUCUUCAGUUAAUAUGCUAGAAGAGACGUUUGAAGAUUUUAAGAAUGGAGAUAAUCUUGGAGAGCUCAGCUCUGUUCCUUUAGAUACACAGAUGAAGAUUAUAUCCUGGUUCCUCUUCCAGGAAGGAUUAAUUCUCCCUGAGAUAAUCUGCCGGUUGACCGGAGUAUACAAGAAGGAAUCUGUAGAUGUUGUCUCCGUGUCCUUGUAUCUACAGGGGCUCCAGAAGGAUGAGUUAGCUCCGGAAUUCACUGAACUAGACCCUGACGAGAAUCUCUCAGAUUCUGAUUAUAAACUUGAUAAUAAAGAUGAAGCGUGUGAAGACAAUUUAAACAAAAAAUUGUUUAAAUCGAGGAGAAAAGUUGUUUGCAAACACUGUAAUAAGGUCCAAAUUAACAAAUAUACUCUGGAUAACCACAUAUUAAAUUGCCACCCGGAGCUAGCCAAACCUUGCAACCUAUGCGACAAGGUUUACGGUUUAUCCGAGCUUCUAGAUAAACAUAUUCGUGUGAAACAUGACACCACGGAGAGAGUGGCACUCAACUCAUCGGAGACAGAUCAAGGUUCUAAGAAGCUUGGAUGGAAAUGCUCUAAAUGUGAAAAAGUUUUUAGAUCAAAGAAAGCGUUAAAUAUUCAUUCCUUUCAGCAUUUAGAAGGAAAUUAUAUCGAGUGUGAUAUUUGCAACAAAAAACUCCGAAAUCCUUUAACUCUAGAGAAACAUAAAUUAAACUUCCAUUCGGAGUCGGACGUGUUCAGCUGCUCCACCUGCGGAGAGAAGUGUAGCUCCAGGGUUGCAUUAAAACAGCAUCUCUCCGUCCACGGAUUUGUUUGUAAGACGUGUGCACAAGUUUUUGCAACCAUUUCGGAGUUAGAAGAGCAUACUAAAACUCACACUAAGACAAUUAAAUGUGAUAAAUGUUUGAAACCAUUUUCUACCGAAGCGGCGCUAAAAAUCCACAUUAAACGAAUACACUUGAAGGAAUUAAAAUUUAGAUGUACAACCUGUAAUCAAACAUUUUCAUCUAAAGCCGAUCUAAAAGUACAUAACAUAGAGCAUAGUCAACAGUCUAAACCUGUGUUUGUGUGCGAGGAAUGCGGGAAAUGUUAUUCGUCAUCUGCUAAACUGAAAACUCAUGUUCUCUACUAUCAUCUCCAGGCGGAGAAACCCUUUCAAUGCGAGAUUUGCCAGAAGAAGUUUGUUCGUAAACCGGAGAAAAUGCGACACAUGGAGAGACAUUCUGCAGAGCCCAUGCAUCCUUGUAAGGAAUGUGGGAAGAAGUUCUUUACUAAAAAUGACAUGCUCCGACAUGUGAGAGUUGUACAUGAGAAGUUUCACGCCGGUUCAUGUGAUUUAUGUGGACGUAAGUUUCUGACUGUGGGUGGACGAGAAUGGACCCAGCAUAUGAAUUCUCAUAAUGGAGUCAAAACUUUAUCCUGUCCUCUGUGCCCAAAAACCUUCUUCACCGAUGAAACCUUGAAAUGUCAUAUGAUCUCUCACUACGAUACCAUGUACUGGUCCUGCGGGAUCUGUAGAAAGAACUUCAAAAGAAUCAAGAACGUCAAAUAUCAUUUACGUGCCAUGCACUUACUAGUGGAGAAGGACGAGGUGAAAAAGCAGUGCAUCAAGCUCCAGAGCGCGCCCACUAAGGCCGAGAUACAGCAGCUCGCGGAGGAGAGAAGCAGAUCCGUCCUAGCGGAGCAGGAUAGACCCGAACCUGUCUUGCGGGAGGAAAAAACAGAGAUCUUGCUCCAGGAUUUUAAAACUGGGAUGACGACAACUUAUGAAAUUAAUAUUUAGUGUUCUUAGUAGUAUAUGAUGACGGGUUAUAAACUGUGAUAUUUAAUUUAUUACUAUUUAUAAGAAUUAUGCUAUUUUUCAGA